UGUUUCCAGAAAAAAGUUUUUAGGACAAUUACUAAGUGACAGCAUCCUUUUAAAAUUGACUAAAAUAAUCUUUUAGAUUUUAUUUUUCUAACAAUUAACCAUAGAAAUAACUUUCCUUAUUGCUGUUAUAGACAAUAUUUUAUGUGUAAUACUCAUAAUUUACUGGCGAAUUAACAAAUAUUUCUAUAAAUUUUCACAAAGAGCAUCUUGAAUCGAAGGCGUGAGAGGGUUUACGGAGUGAUAGGGCAGGAUGGCUCGUGGCCAGCAGAAAAUUCAGUCACAGGCAAAAGCUGCCGAAAAACAAAAUAAAAUAAAGAAACAACAGGGACACAGUGCCACUGAUCAGAAAAAAGCAGCUCAGAAGGCACUGGUUCAUGUUUGUGUUGUUUGUAAGGCGCAGAUGCCCGACCCCAAGACUUACAAGCAGCAUUUCGAAAACAAGCAUCCCAAGAACGACCUACCCGAAGACUUGAAGGCUAUCUAACACUUUGCAUUUCUUUAGUAAUAUAAUUAAUUAAAAUAUCUACCUAUACAUAAUUAUUUAAAACUGUUUGUUCUAUUUGUAGACAGCUACCGUACUGUAUUAAAAUGUUUUACAUGAAAUGUAUUAGUGAACUAGGUGACACAGCCCAAAUAUCUCGUAGAUAUAUUUUGAUUGUUACGUUCACUUUUUUAUUAUUUCAUUAUUCCUUUCUUUGUGUAAAACAAUGAUAACCAACAAAUUGUUUUAAAUGUAAUUAAAAUUUGUAACGUGCGAUGUACUCUGUACUAAACCUAUAAUGUUACAGUUGUACUACUAAAUUGCAUUGCAUUUUUUUACUACAAUAUUUUUACUUUCAUUUUUUGUAUAUUUAAUAGGGUAUAUCUAAAGGUCUGCAAAUAAUUUAUCAUUUCUCUAAAUUUUUUUUUUUCAUCUUUGCACUGAAAUAUAAUUACUUAAAGAUA